UGGGGCUCUCCCUACUCCAAGUCUCCAAAGCCAGAGAGCAAGCCUGUGUCUUGCAGUAGAGAAACUGGGCAAAGGGGAGAAGAGGAGUGAUCAGGUGAUGUGUUGACAGCAAUGCUAUCUGGCCGGUGGUGGCCGAGCACCUGGGGACACCUGGGGCUAGGGUCCCGAAGCCCUUCUCGGGGGUCCCAGCUCUGUGCCCUCUAUGCCUUCACUUACACGGGGGCAGAUGGCCGGCAGGUGUCUUUGACUGAAGGAGACAGGUUCCUACUGCUUCGAAAGACCAACUCAGACUGGUGGUUGGCAAGGCGCCUGGGAGCACCAUCCACCUCUCGCCCUGUCUUUGUCCCAGCUGCCUACAUGAUAGAGGAAUCUAGCCUCUCCCACAGCCCAACGACCAUCACCCCCAGCCGAUCUCUCUGGACUCCUGGGCCAAAGUUAUUUCCUGGCUCCCUGGAGGAGAUGAACCUGUGUCAGGAACCCCCAGGCAGAGCCCAGGCUACAUGGGAGCAGCCUCCUCCCCUUCCCCCUAAAAUGUGUAGAAGUGUCAGUGUGACCAACUUGAGGCCCGGCCUCCUGAAGCCCCCCCAGGAAGGACCAAGCGGAAGAUCCCUCUCCCAGGAAGACUUGCUGACAGAGACCGAUGCCGACAUGGCAAGACCCCAGACCCUCAUGUCAAAGGCCCCUGUGUACUGCAACCUGGUGGACCUUCGCCGCUGUCCCCGAUCCCCACCCUCAAGCCCUGUAUGCCCCCCACUGCAGAGGCUGGACGCCUGGGAACAGCACUUGGACCCCAACUCUGGACGCUGCUUCUACGUAAAUUCGCUGACUGGCUGUAAAUCCUGGAAGCCCCCACGCCACACUCGAACCCGAGAGACGAACCCCGGCUCCAUGGAGGGGACACAGACCUUGAAUACGGACAAUGGUAUCCUGCAACGUCAGCCAAAGGACGUAGAAUCUGGUCCCAAGACAUCAGAACUUUUCGACUCCCAGGGUUCACCCUACCUCUGCAGACGCACCUCCCAGCUGGACCCCGACAAGCCUUCAUCUUUGCAGUGCCCUCGGCCUCUGCCGACAGUCCUAGAUGACCCCCACGAGGUGGAAAAGUCGGGCCUGCUCAAUAUGACCAAGAUCGCCCAGGGCGGGCGCAAGCUCCGGAAGAACUGGGGCCCCUCUUGGGUGGUAUUAGCGGGUAACAGCCUGGUGUUCUACCGAGAACAGCCGCCGACCGCCCCCUCCACGGCCUGGGGACCAGCGGGUAGCCGGCCCGAGAGCAGCGUGGACCUGCGGGGGGCGGCCCUGGCCCACGGCCGCCACCUGUCCAGCCGACGCCACGUGCUGCACAUCCGCACGGUCCCGGGCCACGAGUUCCUGCUGCAGUCUGACCAGGAGGCUGAGCUGCGGGCCUGGCACAGCGCGCUGCGGGCGGUCAUCGAGCGCCUGGAUCGGGAGAACCCCCUGGAGGGGCGUCUGUCCGGCUCGGGACCUGCGGAACUGGAGGAGCUGAGCCCCGGGGAGGAUGAGGAAGAGGAGUUGGAGCCAGCGUCCAAGUCUCUGCUGCGGAUCAGCAGCCGCCGGAGCUCCAGUCGGUGUCCCGACGCAGCAGAGCAGAACCGCGUGCGGAACAAACUAAAGCGGCUGAUCGCCAAGAGGCCGCCCUUGCAAACCCUGCAGGAGCGGGGUCUGCUCCGAGACCAGGUGUUCGGCUGCCAGUUGGAGUCUCUGUGCCAGCGCGAGGGGGACACCGUGCCCGGCUUUGUGCGGCUCUGCGUUGCUGCCGUGGACAAGCGAGGUCUGGAUGUGGAUGGCAUUUACCGGGUGAGCGGGAACUUGGCAGUGGUCCAGAAGCUUCGCUUCUUGGUGGACAGAGAGCGGGCCAUCACUUCUGAUGGGAGGUACAUGUUUCCGGAACAGCCAGGACAAGAAGGCCGAUUAGAUUUGGACAGUGCCGAAUGGGAUGACAUUCAUGUGAUCACGGGAGCCCUGAAACUUUUCCUUAGGGAGCUACCCCAGCCUCUGGUGCCCUCACUACUGCUGCCCGAUUUUCGUGCUGCCAUUGCCCUCACUGAAUCAGAACAGUGCCUCUCUCAAAUACAAGAAUUAAUAAGCUCAAUGCCAAAGCCCAACCGUGACACUCUGCGGUACCUCCUGGAGCAUUUAUGCAGGGUGAUAGCACACUCAGACAAGAACCGCAUGACCCCCCACAACCUGGGAAUUGUGUUUGGACCAACCCUGUUUCGGCCGGAGCAGGACGCAUCGGAUCCAGUGGCCCAUGUCCUCUACCCUGGGCAGGUCGUCCAGCUGAUGCUCACCAACUUCACCAGACUCUUCCCCUGACUGGGGCGAAGAAGAGAAAAUGUAUUUCCAGUGAUCUCUGUUGGGUAGCCUUUGGUGGGGGCAAGGGUGGGGGGUGUUCUGUUUUGAGGACAUCCCUUUAAAUCCUGUUUCCCAGA